AUCCACCUUACAGGCUAUGUAUGAUAUUCAUGAAUUGUGUCAAUCAGGAACUGUACUCAUGUACUACUAAUACUCGUCUACUUUCCCAUUGCUAAAUCAAUAUCCCAACAAUUGUGUGACUCAAAAGACAAUUCAUCUCACUCAAACUCUCACAGUCAUCAAAAUGUUAACAAAAUUCACCGCCCCCCUGAUAUUCCUCUUCCUACGUACAGCGAUAUGUACGCCCCUCAGCCCCCAUCUCCAAACUCGUCAAUCCGUCACCCCACCACCAGAAUGCGACGUCAUACCUACCUGGGAGGUGACGGAUUUUCUCUGGUUCAACUCCACGCAUAAUUUAGAUUGUGUGAACCAGGUGAACGUUCCCAACGUAUGUCUCAACGCCACCUCUGACGGCCUCAUACCCUGUGACGGCAAUCUCGAUACCUGUGACAGAUGCGACUUAAACGCCUGUCUCACUGGUCUUCCCGGGCAACCCGCUGGUUUCGGCCCUCCAGACGAUAUUAAAAUCGGCAUCAACACUCCUGACGAAUACAACCGAUGUGAGCAAACCAACCCAGCUGGAUUCCGUCGUUACGACGUCGGCAAUGGAAUUGUCUUCUGUGCAGGAGUAGCGUAUCGAGUUUCCUUCAUCGGCGAUAGCAAUCCCCACAGUGACGGUUCGCCAAACAAAGGAACGAUUUAUUAUCAGCCGAACUACGAGUGGACUUGUACGAAUGGAAGCGUUAUUAAGGGGUAUGGGAUUAUAGAGUUUGAUAUGGAUUGUUCAUAUGAUUCGGGAUAUAAUGCAACUUGUGUUAUCCCUGAAGGGGCUAAUCGUGUUAUUCCCCUCUUAUCCUAUACAAUCACUUAGAUCAUUAGCUUUAUGGGAUUAAUUUUUCCAAUAGAAGGAAGAGGGUCAAUAUCGGGUCGAAUAUAUAGUCCAGAGAUUGUCAAUCCACCCCGCGUUAGCCUCCAAAAAUAAUUUGCUGUUCGCGAGAGGUAUUCAUCGGAUAUCAAGAUCGGGCUUGGAAUAGAUGAAUAUAAAUUUUGUCCUAUUUCCCUUUUAAAUUA